UACGCAUGCGCCGACAGUGGUUCGUAAUGCCAUCACCAUCCUCAUCCUCUGCCGCUGGACCGUCAUUCUCUGAGCUGCUAUCGCUCCACUGAGGCCAAGGACACCCGGGGCGACUCUCUCACAGGAAGACACCGGGCUUCAGUUGAGGAACACCCCCUCUACCGCGGUGCCGUUUUGAAACCCAAUCAGAGGUUCAGAGUUGGUCUUCACCCGCACCAUCUGCUUCAUCAUUCUGAGCAGACAUGCCUGCAGCAGUGGGUGCGCCCAUGGGAUACACCCCGCCUGAGGGAGGCUGGGGCUGGGCUGUGGUGGUAGGUGCCUUCAUCUGCAUCGGCUUCUCCUACGCCUUCCCAAAGUCCAUCACGGUGUUCUUCAAGGAGAUCGAAAUCAUCUUUGAUGCCACGCCCAGUCAGGUGUCCUGGAUUUCCUCCAUCAUGCUGGCCGUCAUGUACGGCGCAGGUCCAAUCAGCAGCGUCCUGGUGAACAGAUUUGGGAGUCGACCAGUCAUCAUCGGCGGCGGCGUUCUGGCAGGGUCUGGGCUCAUCGCUGCUUCCUUCUGCAACACUGUGGAGCAGCUCUACUUUUUCAUUGGGGUAGUAGGAGGUUUGGGACUGGCGUUCAACCUGAACCCCGCCCUCACAAUGAUCGGUAAAUACUUCUUCAUCCGCCGGCCCAUCGCCAAUGGUAUCGCCAUGGCAGGCAGCCCGGUGUUUCUGUCCACCUUGGCGCCAAUCAACACGUGGCUGUAUGAGGAGUUUGGCUGGAGAGGCAGCUUCCUGAUCCUUGGAGGACUGCUGUUUAACUGCUGCGUUGCUGGCUCUCUGAUGCGACCCAUCGGACCCAAACCGCAGCCACCCCCCAAGCCCGAACCAGGAGCUCCAGCUCAGCCCAAGAAGACAUUUAUGCAGACCAUGAACACCUUCCUUGACCUUUCGCUCUUCAAGCACCGCGGCUUCCUGCUCUACCUGAUGGGGAACGUCGUCAUGUUCUUCGGCCUCUUCUCCCCGCUUAUCUUCCUCUCCAACUAUGCCAAGAGCAAGGACAUCAGCAAGGAAAAGGCUGCUCUCCUCCUGACCAUAAUGGCCUUAGUUGACAUGGUUGCCCGACCUUCCAUGGGGCUGCUGGCAAACACAAAGUGGGUCCGGCCCAGGGUGCAGUACUACUUUGCCGCUUCUGUGCUCUACAAUGGCGUGUGUCAUGUGUUUGCACCGCUCACCACGGACUUCUCCGGAUUUGUGGUGUACGCCAUGUUCUUCGGCUUUGCCUUCGGUUGGCUGAGUUCAGUGUUGUUUGAGACGCUGAUGGACCUGGUGGGAGCCCAGAGGUUCUCCUCAGCUGUGGGUCUGGUCACCAUCGUAGAGUGUGCGCCUGUGCUGCUGGCACCUCCUCUAACAAGUAUGUUCUACAACUACUACCACCAUUACGACUACACCUACCUCACCUGUGGAAUCAUCCUCAUCGUGUCCAGCGUCUUCCUGUUUGUCGGAAUGGGCAUCAACUACCGCCUCCUGGACAAGGAGAAGAAGGAAGAGGAGCGGGAGGAGCCUAAAGAGGAACGCACCGCCAUGUUGGAAGCUACCCUACAGACCAAAUCCGAAGAAGCUGCGGCCAAUAACGACUCUGGCGCCGUCACAAUGGCUGACGUCGCCAAGAUGGACGAGGACACUGUGUAAAGCUGGCGGACGGACUAAAGGAACGCGUGCACAAACACACGAGCAGCAGUCACAGCCACGCACCCUUCUUCACAACCCUGAGGCCAUAGCAACAUUUUAUUUUUCUCUGUAAAGUACGGAGGCAGCGCCUCUACUCGCUCGGGUCGCUGUUGCUCAACGGUUCGAAGCACACGUACAUUUAUUUUGUACAUGAGCACGAAUGGACUGAAACGGUUAACAAACGAGGACUUUCUCUCGGGGUCUGGAGCUGCUGCAAACAUUCAGAACUUACACACUGCUCUCUGUAACCCCGCCCCCCAGAUGGAGUACAGACUGAAUGAGCCCAUUUAUUUUACUAACUGCUUCACUGUAAGGGCUGUAUGUAAACCAGCCCACUUCGUGUUAUUUUAGGGACGUAUAUCUAUUAGCUGUGAGCCUUGAUGCUGCAGAACACAUAGGAGGGUGAUCUAGAGUACUAACACAUGGGGAGUAGGUGCUGAUGUGUUUUAACCCUUGUUUUUUUUGUUUUGUUUUUUUUACACGGACUAUGAUACAGACAGACAUGUCCCCAAGGAUAGUAUCUUGUUAUUUUUAUAUGAAAUCUUCCAGAGAGCGGUUCAUCCUGUGACUUUAGGAUGACAAAAAAACCACCCGGCCUCUUCUACCCAACUGAAUUCACCACCGUCUGCCUGCAGGUCGACUCUCACCAGUGUUCACCAGUUUGGAGCACCUUAUUGUGAACGGUUUUAUCAGACGCGUUGGCACAAUUUAGUGAUUACAUCAUAAAUUAAACUAGAUUAUUGAAUUAUUCAUUUGAAUUUUUAAUGACUAUCUUGAUGUAACUGUAGUUUUAAUAAAUUUUAAUGUAUUUAGUGUAGUUUUUGUUUAAUAAGCCAGGUUUUAUCAUUUCAGCCACUGCAGCCUCAUCUGGAAGCUAAACAAAGGGUCAUAUCGUACAUAUUUUUAUAAAAAGGGAGAAACUCUCAGGCUGCCAUUUCAGGACAGUUAUAACCCAGAGCAGACGGAUCAGAUCAGGGGUGCAUUUUUUUUUUUUUUUUUUCCUACAUUUAGCUUUUAAAGGUGAAACACUACUGCUUUGGUCCAUAGCCCUAGCUCCUCCUUUUAAUCGUACACGACCAAAUGUAAGAUGUCAAACGGUUUUGGGCUCUAACUGUACUAAUUGGAAGCUGUUUGGGUUUUCUUUCUGUUCGUUUUGACUUUUAUCCACAUGAUUGAUUCUGACCCACAUCUCUCCAGCUUCAUGGACUGGUUUCUGCUUCAGAGAGGCCUGCUAAGUGUACACAUUCCUCUGCUCUCAGCCCACAUUUUCCUUCAAUCACAGCAGACAGAAAUUAUUUUUAUAGAAAACGAGAUGCUGAAACCGCAGAAAAAAAGUUUAACAUGUUUUUAUUUCCUUUGCUAAAUGGUACUGUAUUUGGCCACAGCACCUUUUUUUUUUUUUUGCCUUGUUUCAAAAUGAACAAAUGUUACGUUUCUGGAAAAUGAGUUGUCAAUUGCAGUGAGUUUGUUGUGUUUUUGGCUGUUCAAUAAUAAAUGGCUUUUAUGACCUCAAAA